GCGAUUAUGCGAUACACAUCUCCUUAGCCACGUAGAAUUCAUUUAGAUUCGCGCAAAUAUUUUUCUGGAAAUAUCAUAUUCUUCUGUUUUUUUUUGUGACUGUGAUUUUUUAUUAAACUUAGCGACAAAGAAUGUCGGACCGUACGGAGGAGACCGAAACUCGAGCGGGACAUCCGCCAGCAACUAAGGUGGGAGGCAUGCGCAUCACACAGCGCUCGCGAUCUCCGGGAGCGGAAGGAGCGGCGGCGAGCAGCUCGGAGAACCCGCAGAUUCCGCCGCAGGACAAGGAGGGAGGCGACACGCAAGUGCACGGAGUGGGGGGACUGCAGUCCCAGCCGAAAGAUUUAUUGGUGAAAGGGACCAGCGGAAUUCCGGUCACAGCUAAGGACUUGGGCAUGCACUUGGAAGGUGUGCGCCACACUCACGACAAAGGUUUCGACAAGAAUCAACAGAACAGCACUAACUUCACGCCGCAGCAGCACGCGACGAUGACUCGCCACGGGCAGCACAUCAACGAGCCGCGCAGCCAUGGCACCAACCACUGAACAGUUAUCCCAGGCAAGCUUCCGGUGCGCCACAUCAACACGACCAGGCGUUACGUUUUUGCUGUUCAACUUGAUUCCGCAACGUUUUUUUACUUAUCUGAGUUUUAGCUAGCUAGCUGAGCAAGCUUUGCGUUUUACAACAGUUUUUGGAUACAUCCAGCUGUAUGUUUUUUCAGUUCGUUGUAAGGAAUAAACGAGAGGUCUAAAUCGUUUG